AUGUCUUUCUCACUCGAGCAUAUUGAUGCUUUUCUCCCGAUAACAGCGUUGAAGACGUUUGUGCUGGGUGAUAGACGAUUUGUCUUCCAAAGUCAGGGCACAUACUUCCGGGUGGUUGAUGAACCCACGGGUGUUGUCACCACACAAAUUCAGGAUCAUGAUCCUAACCCUGUUCAAAUAAUUGUCUGGGGUGGUCGCUCAGUGCGGGCGGUUGACUUCUCUGUGGACUCUGAGAAUGAAGUCACGUUGUCGGCCUCUAGUGCCGAGUUCACUGCUCCAGAUUGGAUCAUGAGUGGGUGCGCAGCUGCAGCAGGUGGUCACCACGGUGCUUUUUUUAUCACAGCGAACAAUGCACUCCUGAGUCUCGAAGUCCUCGACAGUGAGAGACCCGAGAUAAAUACAGCCAUAUCCAUAUAUCAGUUGGCGACCAGUGUAAAGUCUAUCCUUUACUCCGCCGAUGUGAUUGCGCUGUCUUCCUCCCACAUCCUCAUUGCUGCUGGUACCGUCUUCGGAGAAAUCAUCGUGUGGUCAUGUUUCCUCAAUGAAAAUGGAUCGCAUAAAGCUAAUGCAAUCGGCUCCAUCCACCAUUUCUUCACGGGGCAUGACGGAUCAAUCUUCGAUGUCCGCAUCUCUCCCCAAAUACCGUCAUUGAAUGGAGGCCAGUCUGGUAGAUUACUGGCAAGCUGCAGUGACGAUAGAACCGUGAGAAUCUGGGAUAUAUCAGACUGUGAGCACAAAACAGCCCAAGAUCCUUCUGCAUACUCUACAGACGGGUUUGAAUUACGGAGUACUGGCUUUGGCCCUGUUGAGGCAGGCGAGGAGAGCGUUGGAUCUGAGUCAUGCGUGGUUCAGGCAUUCGCUCACGCCGCUCGCAUCUGGGGUGUCCAUUUCAGGCCCAUUAAAAAUAAUAACCAAACUCAUAUGGGAAUAGUUUCUCGUGGAGAGGAUUGCACAUGCGUUUUGUGGGACCUAAGCUGGCACUUAUCAUCCGAUGGGAUGACUGAUUAUCGUCUCAGCCAAACCUCUUCAAUACAAACACAUAUUGGAAAGCACAUCUGGUCUCUGGACCUUUGCAGAAUUGGGUCCGAGACUGUGGUUUACACCGGAGGCGCCGAUGGUGCGUUGAAGAGUUUUCCCAUCAAAGAAAAUGACGAUGAGCAUCUGAGUCAUGGUCUUGAUGCUUCUUUGCAGCAAUCAUCUAAGAAGAAGAAGCAUCAUACAGGCGAUGGAGCUAGAUCCUUUGCAUUUGUCGCCCAGGACUGCCUUCUUCGUAUCUCUACGCAAGGUCAAAUCCAGCUUGGGUAUCUCAACCAAACAGAGGAGACUGUCGUUACUUGGGAGACAAUAUGUGAAACACCCGACCUUGCUUCUUUUGCCGCCAUGGCUACUUUGCCCCAGAUGGGUCUAGCAUUAAUCGGUAAUUUUCAAGGACUCUUUCGACUAUAUAAUCACGCUACAAAAUCUGUCAUCAGCAUUGCCGAUGUUGGCAACAGGCCUCUUGCAUCAUUCUUCCUCCAGACUCACUCUUCUAAGAUGGAUACCAUGAAUCAUUCUAGCAACCUCACCUUCCUUGUCUGUUAUCCUACCGGAGAAGAAAUAACACUCGUCACUAUCUCCGACUGGAAUAGCGAUCAUCCAAAUGCCGGAAUAACUACAUUCACCCUACCAUCCACAUUUGUGGUUUGCAGUGCGUCUUUCGUCUUUGAUGACCAAUAUUUGAUUAUAGGGUCAAAAUUAGGCGGCCUUGCCAUCUACAAUACCUCUGAGGCAGAGCCCGUAUCGGUCAUCCGACGUGUUCAUGGCCGAGAAUUUGUCAAUCACAUAAGCGUCGUGACAUCUGUUACUUCGAGUGAUACCACAAAAUCGGACUUCGUAUUGACCUGUGGGCGAGACGGAACUUAUUGCCUCCACGAGUUGCAGCUUUGUGGGAAUGGAAUAGAUGCUGUAUCGCUACAGACAGUGCACCGUACAGCAUCUAUAACCGGUGGGAACAUUGAAGGCGCUUAUUUCGACAAAACGACUAGUGAUUUCAUGUUAUACGGAUUCAGAUCCCAAGAUUUCAUCCUGCGCAACGAGUCGAAGCUGACGGACGUCGUAUCCAUUGCUUCAGGCGGCUUUCGCCGAGCCUGGGACUUCAUCCCAGGAGACAAAAAUAAUAAUGCCAUGUUCACCUGGAAAGACGGAUAUUCUUUGAUGACCACUCGCAUCCGAGCUGGUGCUAGUACUUUGCUUCGAGCCGGAGGUCACGGGCGGGAAAUCAAAGCGGUGGAUGUUUUCAACCCUAUCGGUGGGGAUCGCCCUCUUUUUGCAACUGGUGCAGAGGACACUACUGUUCGUAUUUUCACGCCGACUUCCUCAUUGGCUGAUAGUCCGUGGGGUAGCUUUGAGUGUCUGCGUGUCUUGGAUACACACAAGUCUGGGAUCCAGCAGGUGACUUGGUCCAAGGAUGGAAGAUACCUAUUCACCAGUGCUGCAUAUGAAGAGUUUUACGUAUGGAGAGUCCGCACCAUUCCCGUAUUCGGCGUCGCUACGAAAUUGAUGGCGGCCAGUCCGAAGGAUGACGAGAAUUCAGAUCUCCGGAUUCCUAGUUUCGAUUUGCUAGAAGUGGAGGAAGUUGAUGGAGGGCAGGGUUUCCUCCUGUGCCUUGCUCUUUCCAACUCCGUUUUCAAGAUCUUCCACUUCUCGCCAUCCAGUGGCCAAUUCACUCUCCUGGCUCGUGGAAAAUAUAUGACCAAUUGCUUAACCCAAGCCCACUUCUUAGUCACAAGCUCUUCCGUGAGCCUCAUCACCGCAGCAACUGAUGGCUACUUCACACUCUGGGAUUUAACAAGCACACUUAACCCAUUCUACACAAUCACACAAUCCACCUUGAAGGCCAAGCAUCCUUUCAAGGGCUCUUCCGUCUCACCAGAACACAUCACGUGCGAAAGUCGAUAUCAGAUUCAUUCCAACAGCAUCAAGGGGAUGGAACUGGUUCCUAUCUCUGAUAUAGCUAGUGUUGUUAUCGCUGGAGGCGAUGAUAACUCUCUCUCCGUUUCCCUCCUACGGACAAUUCCAUCCGACACCGGCACAAAUGCACAGGUAGCUACGGUUUCUAUCCCCGAUGCUCAUGCCGCGGCGGUUACCACGGUCAAGGUACUCAAUCAGCAAAUCUCUCGUGAUGUUACAUCGAAGAAAGAAUCCAUCAAAAUCACUGUGGCGUCCUCUGGCAACGAUCACCGAGUCAAAAUCUGGUCAAUCGCCGCGGACCCUACACAACCUGGCACGCAAGGGAUUAUCGUGGAAUUCUUACUGGAUACAUACAGCUCUGUGGCUGAUAUAUCAUCAUUGGGGCUUAUCCAUGGACAUGGAAAUUGCCUCCCCGCAGAAAGGUACGAGCCUGGGUCGGAAACGAACCAGUCGCGAUUGGUUGUAUGCGGUGUGGGCAUGGAGAUGUUCGCUGCCGAAUCGGAUAAAGCCUUAUCUACAUAA